AUCAACAUACAGCUCUGCUUUCCCAACAGAGCCACAACUUCAUGUGCUGGAGUCUCUCUCUCUCUGUGUGUGUGUGUGUGUGUGAUUGGGAAUUGCGGAUCAAUUGCACAAGGACAGGACUGAUUCAGACUGAUUCAGGAUGAUGUGAAAGAGCGGAUUUAAGGGUCUUUCAUCGCGUGGAUUCACUUCAGACUGAACUUGGAACAUUAUAUGCGCAACUUGUUUGUAUUGCUGGGGAUUUUCAUGAUGGCUUUCCUGUGGCUCUUUCUGUUGAUCAGAGGAGAUGUGUGAACGCUUGCACAUACACAGCUGAACAGAAGCGAAGUUUCACAUGUAACUGUGAAGUAACCACUUAGACAGGAGGCUCAGGAUGAGAAGAUGGCAGCCAUACUGUUUCCACCGGGUCCUGACAGUCUACACCGGUUCACUCGUGAGUCCCUGGCUGGAAUCGAGCAGCGGAUCGCCGAGGAGGAGGCCCGCAACGCCAAGCAGUACCAGGAGGACCUGGGCGACGUGGAGCCGCUCAAGUCCCGCGCCGAUCUCGAGGCCGGCAAGCAGCUCCCGCGAAUCUUUGGAGACAUUCCUCCUGGACUGGUGGGCGUCCCUCUGGAGGACAUCGAUCCGUUUUACUUCCAGAACAAGAGAACUUUUAUAGUACUGAACAAAGGGAAGGCCAUCUUCCGGUUUAGUGCCACGUCUGCACUCUACAUUUUUAGCCCUUUUCAUCCCGUUAGAAGAGCAUCAAUAAGGAUUUUAGUUCACUCGUUAUUCAGUCUUUUCAUCAUGUGCACUAUUUUGACCAACUGCUGCUUCAUGGCCAUGUCUGAACCAGCGCAGUGGGCCAAAUACGUCGAGUACACGUUCACUGGCAUCUACACGUUUGAGUCGUUGAUAAAGAUCCUGGCGCGGGGUUUCUGCAUCGGCCCCUUCACCUUCCUGAGGGACCCCUGGAACUGGCUGGACUUCAGCGUGAUUGUUAUGGCAUAUGUUACUGAGUUUGUGGACCUGGGCAAUGUCUCAGCGUUACGGACAUUCAGGGUUCUGCGAGCACUGAAAACUAUCUCAGUCAUCCCAGGCCUGAAGACGAUCGUGGGCGCUCUGAUCCAGUCGGUGAAGAAGCUUGCAGACGUGAUGAUCCUGACGGUCUUCUGUCUCAGCGUCUUCGCUCUCAUCGGCCUGCAGCUCUUCAUGGGAAACCUGCGACAGAAAUGUGUCCGAAGCACCGCACACUGUCUCAACAACACCUUACCUUCAGACAACAGCAGCACUUUCUUCUGCAAUAACAGAACCUGGUCCUCUCUGGAGGACUUCAUCACUAAUGAAGAUAAUUACUUCAAAGUGGAAGGAGCCAAGGACGCCUUAAUAUGUGGCAAUGCAAGUGAUGCUGGGAAAUGUCCAGAUGGUUUUGAAUGUAUGAAGACCGGACGAAACCCGAACUACGGCUACACAAGCUUCGACACCUUCGGAUGGGCUUUUCUCUCGCUUUUCAGACUUAUGACACAAGAUUACUGGGAAAACCUCUAUCAUCACACGCUGCGCUCGGCGGGAAAAACGUACAUGGUGUUUUUUGUGGUGGUGAUCUUCUUGGGCUCCUUUUACCUGGUGAACCUGAUCCUGGCUGUGGUGGCCAUGGCAUACGAGGAGCAGAACCAGGCCACCAUCGCAGAAGCCCAGCAGAAAGAGCAAGAGUUUCAGCUCGCCAUGGAGCAGCUGAAGAAGGAACAGCAGGUGGCUCAUAAAGCACAAGAAACUGAGUCCAUCUUGAUGGCCGACGUGUCGCCGUUCUCCACACAAGGAAAAGGAAAUCUGGACCGGAGGAAAAACUCGAGACCGCUAUCUGAAGGAAUGCAGGAUGGCAGUAAUGACAAAUCCGCUAAGAUGGACACUAUAGAGGAGAUGAAGCAAACCCACUCUCUGUUGGUCCGCACUCUGUCCUUACGAGCCCGACGGGAGAGUCAGGUCAGCAUCUUCAACUUCCGGCCGCCAAACAAAGACUCGGAAGUGGACUUCGCCGACGAUGAGUUCAGCAAUCACGGUGAUUCGGACAGCCGCGGCGGCUCGCUGGCUCUGCCCUGGAGCAGGAGACGGACCAGCGCUCAAAGCACCUGCAGCCACAGCUCGCAGUUCUUCUUCCCAAGUCUCAACAUCAACGGCAAACUCUUCGUGGCCAUGGACCAGAACGGCAUCUCGGGCCAGGGCCCGCUGUCUCCGCUGCCCACGUGCACCAUGGAGAAGGUCAAAGAGGAAAGCGGACACAACUCCACCAAUGAGCUGAGCACUAUGCUGCUGCCCCAGCAGUCCCAGGAGGGCCGAGACCGGACCCUGAGCGCCACCAGCUACAUCACUGACGCUAUGGAAGAGCUGGAGGAGGCGCAGCAGAAGUGUCACCCGUGCUGGUACGUGUUUGCACAGAAGUACCUGGUGUGGACGUGUUCCCCCAACUGGCUGAAGGUGAAGGAGUGGGUGAAGUUCAUGGUGAAUGAUCCGUUCCUGGAUCUGACCAUCACUAUCUGCAUCGUUCUCAACACGCUCUUCAUGGCUCUGGAACACUAUCCCAUGACAGACGAGUUCAACCGCAUGCUGUCUGUGGGGAACCUGGUGUUCACAGGCAUCUUCACAGCGGAGAUGGUUCUGAAGAUCAUCGCUAUGGAUCCGUAUUAUUACUUUCAGCAGGGCUGGAACAUCUUUGACAGUCUGAUCGUGAGUCUGAGUCUCAUGGAGCUGGGUUUGUCCAACGUGGAGGGUUUGUCCGUCCUGCGCUCCUUCAGACUGCUGCGAGUCUUCAAGCUGGCGAAGUCGUGGCCGACGCUGAACACGCUCAUAAAGAUUAUCGGGAACUCGGUGGGCGCUCUGGGGAACCUGACCCUGGUUCUGGCCAUCAUCGUCUUCAUCUUCGCUGUGGUCGGCAUGCAGCUGUUCGGGAAGAACUACGAGUCGUGCGUCUGCAAGAUCUCCAGGGACUGUACGCUGCCCCGCUGGCACAUGAAGGACUUCUUCCACUCGUUCCUCAUCGUUUUCCGGGUCUUGUGCGGAGAGUGGAUUGAGACCAUGUGGGACUGUAUGGAAGUGGCGGGUCAGCCACUCUGCAUCCUGGUCUUCAUGCUGGUCAUGGUCAUCGGUAACCUGGUGGUCUUAAACCUCUUCUUGGCGUUGCUCUUGAGCUCCUUCAGCGCAGACAACCUCUCGGCUCCGGACGAGGACGGCGAAAUGAACAACCUGCAGAUCGCCAUCGCUCGCAUCCAGCGCGGGAUGCUGUGGCUCCGGCUGGCGCUCUGCGACUUCUUCAACGGGAACUUCAAGCGUCGCCGGCAGAAGGCCAAGGAGGCCAAAGCCAUGCUGAAGCUGAAGAGACUGAGCCAGCAGACGCACUGGGCCGAGGGCAACGGGACGGCCGUCAUCGAGCGCAGCGGAGAGGACGACAGCUACAUGACCAACCCCAGCCUCACCAUCAGCGUUCCCAUCGCUCCCGGAGAGUCCGACCUGGAGUUCCCUGAGGAAGAGGAUGAAGAGGAGGAGGAAGAAGAAGAGGCCAGCGAGAGCGAGGAGGAGGAGCGAGAGGAGAUCAAACCGGUGAGCGAAAGAAACUAAAUCAUGCACACUUAUGAUAUUAGCAGUAUGGCGUAUUCUCGAUUUUAUCGUGAUAUCACAUUAUGAUCCACGCAAAAUUUACUUUGUUUUGGGCCGUUAUGCUUUGGCACCAAUGUUGGGUAAGUAACUCUAAAAAAGCACUU